GCCCGCGGGGAUCCCGGCGGCGCCCGCCGCCGCUGCCGCCCUCCUCCGGGCGCGCCCCGGGCCCCGGCCCCUGCCCGCUGCCGGUUCCCCCCCGGUCCGGGACGGCUGCCGACCUCCCCCGUGGCGGAGCGGGAUGCCUCCUCCCCUGGCGGCCGGCCAGCCGUCCGCGCCCGCCUCGCCGCGCUGAGCCCGCCGCCGCGGUCGGGAGCACCGCGGCCGCUGGCGGAGCAGAAAGUGAAAGUACCUGCCGCCGGCGGAAGCCCCAUGGGAAAAGCACAGCCCGGCCGUCCCGCAGCCGCCUCUGACAGCGCCGUGCCCCGCCGCGGCAGGCGGGCGGCGGGGGGGUGCUGAGCCCCGGCUGGCCCCCGCGGCCCCUCCGGCCCCGCAGCGCGGCGCUCCGCGGGCUGCAGGCACCAUGGGCCAGGCGGCGCCGCCACCAUGACCGCGGAGCCGCCGGCGCAGCGCCCUGCCGCCCAACCCGCGGACCAUGUUCCAUGCUGUUUUUAGAUCUAUCUUCUGGGUUCUGCCACUGCUCCUUGUUCUAUCUCCAGUGAAUUCAUCUAGUUGUGCAAUGGGAAAUAAAAAUGGAAUCCGUGCGAAGUAUGAGAAUAUACUAAGCCAUGACAUCAAUGAGCUGGUAAAUAUGUCUGCAGAGUAUCGUGACAGGUGCUGCAAGAAUAAAAAACAUGAAAAUAGCAAAGUGUUUUUCUGCAAUGAUACUCAGGAAAUAGAAUCACUACAGAGUAUGGCAUGCAACAUGCUCAGAUUCUUUCAUAAACAAAAAAUCAGCAAAGACUUUAGAUGGAAAGCAGCAUUAGUCUCAUGUGGGACAUUACAGCUUCUACAGUGCAAAUGUGAAAGACUUAAAAAAGAAAAGGUUUGCACGCAGGUAAAUACACAAAAUAAAGAAGAUACAGGAACAAGUGAACAGCCCAAAAAGAAAUGUAACCAAGAACUUUGUGAACUGAAAGAAAAUAUAUCUAGCCUUCGAUCCUGCUGGAAUAAAUUUGAAAAAAUAUUUUCCAGGUGAUUCCAGGUGAAUCCUGCUUUUUUUCCUUCAAAGUGGUGUUACUUAGUAUAUUUGCAUUUUAUAUGCAUUCUUAGAGUAACUCUGCUCACUUAUAUGAAAACUUUAUGCCAGAAUUCUGAUGGAAAGCUACUGUACCUUGUUCCUGGUGACGGAAUAAACAGAAAUGGCUAAACCAAGCUGCUGGAGUCCAAGAAGUGGAAAUGAAAGACCAGAAUUUGAAACAAAAUGGUCCACAGCAAGCCGUGUCCCACCUUUGUGCUCUGGAAACUACUCUGAAUUUUCUGAUCUUACGAGUAACUUUGUAAUACUGUCAUAUGAAAACAUACACUUACAUAUCUACUGCAAUUUAUAAACCCAUCUUUGAAGCUGCAUGUGAAGAAAAUAGUACGGAAAAGUAGCUGGUUUCUUUAUAUCUACAUAAAAGACAUCAAGGACCAAAGGGAACAAUCUACCGAACAAGCCACUGAUCUUGGGUCCAUUCUGCUGAUGCAAUGAGGUUCUCAGCGUGGUUAUCUAAUGGGUCUGCAAGCCAGUUUCGGUUUGGAAAAACAGAGAGGUUAACUUUUUUAAAAAAACCUAGGAAGGGUACUGAUUUUUGAGAGAUGUAGCACACUUCUACUGGCUGAAGUAGAGGCAAGACAGUGAGACCUAUGGAAGGUGAAAAAGGAGAUGCCUGACUGUUCAGCUGACUGGAAACAGCACUAGCCUUCUGUAUGUGGUUAUCCUGCAGUUAGGUGCAGGAGGAGCUAGAAUUCCUUACCUUCGGAUUGUGAUUCCUUACAUGCAGUUAUUUUAUGUAACGUGUUUAACAUGUUAGACAAACAUGAUUUAAAAUGUGUGAAUAUUUUCAGAGAAUAAUAUAUUGGCAUUUAACUAAUGAAGUGUUCAUAUUUAGUUUUGGAUAAAUGGAAGUAUUUUUAUAGUUUGUAACUUUUGCAGUUUCUUACUUUGAUAUUAUAACUCCUUUGGUAAUAAAAUAUUUGUCUUCUGUGGAAUUCGG